CUUGACAACCUGUGCAACAUGAACAUGCUUAUCCUGUCUUGCCUGUUGGCGGUGGCCGCUGCUGCCCCACAGUACAACUACGGUGCCCCAGCUCCUGCCCCCAGUGCCCCAGCUUCAUAUAGCGUUAGGUCUCCUCCCGUAGAGAUCUUGAGGUCCGAUCGUCAAGGACCUGAUGCCACUGGCGCCUACAGCUUCCUCUUCGAGAGCGCCGACGGCAUCAGUCGUCAGGAGCAGGGCGCCCCUCAGGGGCCGACUGGCGCCGUGGCUUCCCAGGGAGGAUGGUCGUUCACUUACCCUGACGGAACACCCGCAGUCUUCACCUUCGUAGCUGACGGUGCAGGUUACCGCGUGCAGUCUGACCUGCUGCCCACGCCCCCACCUCUCCCCGCCCACGCCAUCGCCCAGAUCGAGAAGGCUCGUCAGGAGGACGCGGCCGCCGCUUCUGAACCAAGGAACAGCUACAGUGCCCCUGCCCCAGCUCCUGCCCCAAUAAACACUUAUAGUGCUCCAGCCCCUGCCCCAAUAAUCAGUUAUAAUGACCCAGCCCCUGCCCCAAUAAUCAGUUAUAGUGACCCAGCCCCUGCCCCAAUAAACACUUAUAGUGCUCCAGCUCCUGCUCCAAUAAUAAGUUAUAGUGCCCCAGCUCCUGCCCCAAUCAUCAGCUAUAGUGACCCAGCCCCUGCCCCAAUAAUCAGUUAUAAUGACCCAGCCCCUGCCCCAAUAAUCAGCUAUAGUGCCCCAGCUCCUGCCCCAAGGAACAGUUACAGUGCCCCUGUCCCAGCCCCUGCCCCACAGACGUACUACUCGUACCCACAAUAGACGACAGGGAAGCCACACAGCUCACGAUAAAGUUUGACAAUUGUUCAUAAAUUGUAACUGUUAUGUUUGAUCUAUUUUGUUAUAUUUUAUACUACGAUAAAUAACUAUAUUUUAUACCAUGAUGAUAAAUAAAUAUAAGAAAUGUUA